AUGACGCAACCACAGAAGCGUGCAUCUUCUUCCUUUAGCUCGGGUCCUUCCAGCAGGAUCAGCAGCGAAAUCACGUCCCCAGAAGACACUGGGAACCCAUCCGAGGUGGAUGUUCUCAACCUGCGUAAUUGGUGGACCGCACUACACCCGAAAGGUCGAUGCUGUAGUCAAUGCAAUAACGAGCUCCAUUUCGAAUCCGUCACUACCGAUACGCUUAGAAACCAGCUUGAUUCCAUCUACAGGAUUAAAAAUGCUGUCCGGAAUGCUGAAAAAGUUGAGAAGCAUCGCAAGGAGAUUGAGGAAAAGGCAAGAGAAGAAACCAUAUCGCGGUUAGCAAAAUGGGGCAGGGUUAAAAGGCUUGCCAGUGGCAAUGGCCCGUCCAUGAGCAAAACCGGUCUCGAAAUAGACAAGGAGAACAUUGAAGACGAAGGCAAAGAGAAGGAGAAGGAGAAGGAGAAGGAGAAUGGAAAUGCUCAAGAUGGCAAGAGUGGGAAGGAUGCCAAAGGCAAAGGCAAGGAAAAAGAAGAUAAGCCAAAUGCAAAGAAGAUCAGCCAAAUAUUUGGUACCGAGUGUUGCCCAAAAUGUCGGACUUAUCUCUGCAUCGCUUGUCUCAAACCUGCCAAGCCGGAGUCGGAUCAGAAAUGGGAGGACCUGAAUGGUGCGAACCCCGACGGAAACGACACUUCGCCAAGAACAUCUGAGCGCAGCUUCCGAGAUGACAAGCGGCUAUGGUGUUGCAGUGACGGAAAGCUAGUUGCCAUAUUGUUAUGUUUGGGGAUUAUUGAUGAGGAGUUCCUCGGACUAAGUGCCAAUGGGAACUCGCUGUCUUCUGCCUCGGCCGGGAGAGGGAUCAAAGGAACUCUCAGACGUAGCCUCCGAUCACUUAAGGACAAAAUCACAGACGGCCCACAUCCUGCAAAGCCCCUGGUAUCAAAACCCGAAAGGAAAACCAGGACCAAGGGAACCAAAGACAAGGGAACUGGUUAUGGGUCCGGGGCAUAUACCGCGUCCAUGUUCGGCUUUGACACCAGUGACAGCAUGGAUUGGGACUUUCCUGAAGACGAAUCCGAUUUCGAUGAUGGCCCAUUGAUGUUUAGUGAUCUUGAAUUUCCAGUCACGGAUUCCGGGAUAGGGAAGUUAUCGGAGAAAAUUGCUGCGCAAGUGGCCGCUCUGAGCGGGCCCCCUUUGGCCUCCACAAAGCCUCUCGGGGUCACCCAUAACUCACAGGCCCAACCCGAGCCAACGCCCGCCCCAAAAAUAAAGCCUCCUCCCGGCCUAUCAACACCCGAAGGUUUACCUCUUGCUUCUGCCACGCCUCUGUUUUUCCCGAACCAACCAUUCCAACCCCCCCCUGGCCCGUCGACGGUUGAAGCUGUACCACUUACUUCUCCCUUGCUACAACUUCCCUCAGAAUACCAAUUCAAGCCUUCCCGCGGGUUUCCGAUUGCUAACGGUUUACCCCUCAAAGCCCCCCCUCCAUAUAGUCCCUCAAACACGGCAAGCAAUGAGCCUGCCAACCCAAAAGCACCCCCAAUGCCAAUGGUAUAUCCUUACCAUGGAUUUGGACUUGGAAGAGGGGCAACCCCUCUGAGUGGUUUGCCAUACAGUCUUCCCCACGCCCCACCCCAUCCAGCUGUCAAAACACCAAUGGCCCCCGGCCACCAAUAUCACCCCUCUUUCUUCCAAGGCCCAAGCAAACCUUUGACCAACUCUCCUGGUGGCCCUAGCUCGGCCAAAGAUCCAUUGCCAAAUUCUAUAGAGGGUAUACCAGGCCUGCCGAUUUUCCAGAAUGCGACCGGUCCGCCCCUUUCGGCAUCAGAUAUGAUGCAACACCUAAAAUCUUAUGUGGCCCAGCAUCCAGAGGCUGGACUAUCACCGCUUGGCUAUAUUCCAGCCUACAUUCCAGCCAGUUCAGAUCCCGAUCAUGCUAACACACUUCUCGAGGCGGUAGGGGCACCAUCCGGCUUUGCCGAUGAUGGAAUCGUAGUGCCGCACCUUUGGCCUGGACCCCCCGAAGCAUUUCACUCCCGCUCGACCCUCAAACCUCAGGUUAUGCCAACACAUCCACCGCUACCAUCGAAGCAGAUCAUGCACGACAAGAUGCUUUAUGCGGUUGUCCGGACACUCAUUAGGCUUCUUUCCGAUUCCGGCUCGGAGAAUGAGUUACAAUACGCGAUGCCCGACGUCACUCUGAGCAUGUUGAGGGCAAGUAUGUUGGCUGAAAAGAUGGAGGAACUCUUACGAAAUGAUUCCAUCCAAGAUAUUUCGAUUCAUAGUGAGGUGUAUCUUGCUCUAGUUGCCCUAUUGAAUCGUCUAUCAGACAACCCGAGCCUUGAAUUUCUGAUACUAGAGAAUCGUCGUUCCAAGCUUUUUACAAGUGGCAUCAUGAAAAUUACUCAAAGCAAGCCGGCCAUCGAUCUAUUAGCCGAGAUCGGCCCGAAGACCAGGGGAAAGGCUGCGGCGGCGGUUGAAGAGAGGAAACGUGCAGAAGUCUUGAUGUAUGAAGAUGGGUUUAGCAGGCACAGCAUGGUUCAAGUUAUGUCGAAACUAAGCACUCAAGCUAAGGUCUUCCUUAAUUGUGUGGGGAAGACAAAGGGGGACGAGUUUGAAGGGACGGAGGCGGCAAAAACUCUCAAGAUUUGCAUGGAAAUCGCUGCUAUCGGGGAAAAGCUUCUCAAACUCUCAUCCCGUAACGCGAGCAAUCAAAAUAGAUCAUCCUCCAUUUCUUCCAAGAGUAUUGAGGCGCCCCCCCAGAUCACAUCCCCACCCGCGGCUCCGGUCUUGGACCUAGGAUAUCAUGACGGGAUGGCGUUUGAGUACGUUGAGGGUGUCGUCACAACACAUUAUUGGAACUCACAGGCGACUAGCCUAACUACCAGUCCGAGGGGCCGAGUUCUUCACCUAAGCAGAGAGAUGGCCACAAUGAGCACCAGCCUUCCGCAAGGGGUUUUUGUCAGAGUUGAAGAUGGUAGGCCAGAUAUCAUAAAGGCCAUGAUCGUUGGUCCUUGUGAAACGCCGUAUGAGGGCGGGCUUUACGAGUUUGACAUCUGGGCUCCUGCGAAUUACCCGAGUGGUCCACCAAUGUGCCAAUUCAAGACCACUGGGAACGGGACUGUUCACUUUAACCCAAAUCUAUAUAAUUGCGGAAAAGUGUGCCUCUCCAUCCUUAAUACUUGGUCCGGCGCUUCUUCCGAACGUUGGCAGCCGGGAACUUCCACCUUGCUCCAGGUUUUUGUCUCCAUCCAGUCCAUGAUACUUUGCGCGGCCCCUUGGUACAAUGAACCCGGACGGCGUGAAGGAACCCGGAAAAAGGAUGCCGAGGAGUUCAACAGCCGAGUCCGUGUCAACAGUGUCAAAUGGGCAAUGCUUGAUUGGCUCAAGGACUCUUCCAAGAGGAAUGGCAUUUGGAAGGACGUGAUUGAAGCACAUUUCAAGGCCAACCAGGGGUAUCUACUCGAGCUCGUCAAAGAAUGGGCCAAGAAAGAUCCUAGAUUGACCAAUUCUGGAGCCAAUGUGGGAACUAACAAGUGGAACUCAUAUGAAGACACCUCCGGAAUCGCGCAAAACUAUGCGUUGGCACUGGAGGAGGAGUUUUCAAAGCUAUGAUCAGGGUAUAUUUGCCGUUGUCAGAUCAGAGGGAAGCUAUUUUUGUUGAGGGGGGUUUACAAUACCUUUUUUUCUUUCAUCCUUUUCUCCUUGUCUACUUUCCUUUAAUACUCUAUCCAAUCCUAUCUUUUCAAUUCCACACAGGGAUCAUUACUUGGGGUUACCGGAUGAAUUGUUUGGCGACGGGCUAUCGCAGCAGGUAUGAUAUUAAAGCAUUUUUCUGGCGUGCGCGGGAAACUGUUUUUCCUUUCAUAGAAGUACGGAAUGGGUGGCAUUAGGGGCCAUUUUUUCUCC